AUGGUCCUCUCCCCGUCUCCGCCGCCGUCAAGGGGUGCGGAACAAGCAGAGCCGCCACCGCCGUUUCAAGACGAACUCCGCCUCCCGAUUAUACUGGCCGAGCGGGUCCUCGCCGCGGUAGACGAGGCGGAUUCCUUCAAGUCGGAGUGCAGCGCCGUCGGGAAGCAGGCCGAUUACAUCGUCGACAAGCUCCGUUCGCUGGUCCGUUUCGUCAGCAGCCCCGGUCAGGCGGUGUACGAGCGGCCCGUGCGGCGGAUUUCCGCCGAGGUCGCGAAGAAUCUCGACCGGGCGCUAGCCCUAGUACGGAGGUGCAGGCGGCGGAAUAUUUUCCACCGCGUGGUGACAAUGAUCUCCGCCGCAGACUUCCGGAAGGCGCUGGUCCAUCUGGAAGCUUCCGCUGGGGACGUGACGUGGCUGUGGAGCAUGCUGGAGUCGCACGGAAACGCCAUGGCGCUCCCACCCAUCGCCAGCAACGACCCGAUCGUCGCCUGGGUGUGGGUCGGGAUCACUUCGAUUUACAUGGCUCCCAUGGCGGAGAAAAUCGAAGCGGCGAAUCAAUUGGCCUCGUUAGCCAAAGACAACGACAGAAACAAGCAGAUUAUUGUGGAGGAAGGCGGCGUGCCGCCCUUCUUGAAGCUAAUUAAGGAGAAAGAUUCCCCCGAGGCCCAAAUCGCCGCUGCGGUGGCACUGUUCUAUUUGUGCAACGACGGGGACAGAGUCAGAGCGAUUUCGGCAGAAUCCACAGCCGGAGUCCAGACAAUCGUCAAAGUUCUUGCCGAUUCUCCUAUGAGGGUUCAGAUUUGGGUGGCGAGAUUGGUGGCCGUGAUGGCAGAGAACGAUUCCGGCGCUCAGGACUACUUCGCCAGAGAGAACGUAAUCCGCCCCUUGGUGACUUUACUAUCAUUCGAGACAUUCUCUGAUGACCAAUUCGGUGGUCAAAUGGGUAAGCAAUCAAUUCAUUCUCUAGUCCAGAUGAAUAAGGAAAUGGAGAAAGUGGGAGAGACAAAGACGAGAAGCAACAAUAAGGAGAAAGACAGGGAUAGUGUGCAAUAUCGGCCAUUUGCGAGUUCAUUUUCAAGCUUCCAUUCCGAUGGUGGUGGAGGGAGCAAGGGAGGAGGGACUAGGAAAGAGAGGGAGAAGGAGAGUUGGGAGGUGAAGCAGAAGUUGAAGAUGAGUUGUGCUGAAGCGCUAUGGAUGCUGGCGAAAGGGAGCGUGUCGAAUAGCAAGCGAAUCACCGAGACGAAAGGGCUGCUCUGCUUGGCCAAAUUGGUGGAGAUUGGAGAACCAGAGUUGCAGUUCAACUGUGUGAUGACGAUUAAAGAGAUCACGUUUGCUGCCGAGUCGAAUGCUGAUCUCCGUCGCGCUGCUUUCAAGGCAAAUUCGCCAGCAGCGAAAGCUGUAGUGGAUCAGUUGUUGAGAGUGAUCAAAGGAUCCAGCAGUCCUAAGCUCCUGGUUGCCGCUCUCCAGUCGAUGGGGUCGCUGGCGCGGACUUUCCCAGCGAGGGAGACUCGCGUGAUCGGUCCCCUCGUCAACCAUUUGAACAACAGGAGCCAGGAAGUGGCGGCGGAGGCUGCAAUCGCGCUGGCCAAGUUCACAUGCGAGGAGAAUUUCCUGUGCGAAGCGCAUUCCAAGACGAUGAUCGAGUUCAAUGCCAUUCCUGCCCUGAUGAAGCUGCUGAGAGGGAGCGAGAGGGCGCAGCUCAGAGCGCUGAUCUUGCUGUGCUACCUGGCGGUGAAUGCCGGGAAUCACGAGGCGCUGGAGCCCGCUCGUGUGCUGACGGCGCUGGAAGGAGUGGAUAGAAUGGUGCUGGCUCAGUACCCUGAGUUGAGAGAGUUGGUUGCCAAAGCUGUUUACCAUAUCAAUCUCUACCACCGUGGACCGCAUUCUCAACGGCUGACCUUCGUGAUAUAG